UCCUUCAUCUCGUUCUUCUUCUUCUCUCUCUUUUCGACCGAUCGUUUCAGGAGAGAGAGAUGGAGAGAGGAGGAGGAGGAGAAGAAGAAACAACAAUGGGCGACGUUAAUCCGCCAACACCUUCGAAAUCGGUGACUCCGAGAUAUUUUCUGAGCUUUUGGGAGGUCACGGCAGCUUCCGGCGUCGUUUUGGGGUUUCUCAUUGGCCUUGUUUGCGUUUAUCUCACAAUGCCUCAAUCUGAUUACAGCUUCCUCAAGAUACCUCGUAAUCUCCAUGACCUUCAGAUCCUCAGAGAUAACCUGGAGGUUUACACAAGUGAUUACACAGUUCAAGUUCUUGUCGGAUAUUCUCUGGUGUAUGUUUUUAUGCAGACAUUCAUGAUUCCUGGAACUGUGUUCAUGUCUUUGCUUGCUGGUGCUCUCUUUGGAGUUUUCAAAGGCAUGGUUCUUGUUGUCUCCACUGCAACAGCUGGUGCUUCUUCUUGCUUCUUCCUCUCUAAGCUCAUUGGUAGACCUUUGAUCUUCUCGCUUUGGCCCGACAAGCUCGUCUUCUUCCAAGAUCAGGUUGCUAGAAGGAAAGACGGUUUGCUGAACUAUAUGCUGUUCUUGAGACUAACACCAACAUUGCCCAACACUUUCAUCAAUGUUGCUUCUCCAAUUGUUGAUGUUCCUUACCAUAUCUUCUUCCUCGCUACAUUCAUCGGUCUGAUUCCUGCUGCAUUUGUCACUGUCCGGGCUGGGAUAGCUCUUGGAGAGCUACAAUCACUGGGAGAUCUCUAUGAUUUCAGCUCGAUGGCGACUCUGUUUCUCAUCGGUGUGCUCUCUGUGACUCCAACCCUAAUUAGCAAGAAGAAGGCUUAGAAGAAGAACAAGAUCAAAUGGAAACAUAAGACAAAG